GGCGACGGCCUGGCAGACUGUUACGACCAUGAUUCGGACUGCAUCGCGCUCUCUGCUCCAGCACGCUGCCAGGCAGCCCCGCCUGAUUGCUAGGCAAUCCACGUCCUCAUCUCUCUUGCCCGAGUUCUUUAACCAGCUGGCGCACCCGGAGGGCGGUGAACCGACUUCGCUGCCGAUACCUUCAACCCCGCCAGAGAACGAUGCGCCGCCCACGGCUGGUCCGAACAGCUUUCCGAAAGACGAGAAGGCCUUCUCCCCGAUAAAAGGUGAGGCGAGCAAGUACAACUACCUCGCCUCCGACAAGAGACAACGGCUACGGCUCUACUUCCAAUCGACGCGUAACAACACGAUCGCUACGCUCACUACGGGAGAGGGAAACCCCAUAUUCUGGACGUCGGGCGGCAACUGCGGGUUCAAGAAGAGCAAUCGCAACAGCUACGAGGCGGGGUACCAGUGCGCGGUGAAGAUGUUCAAGAAGAUCGAGGAGCGGGCGGAGGAGCUUGGAGGGUUGAUGGAGUGGGAGUUGAUCAUGAAGGAGUACGGGCAGGGGAGGAAAGCGCUCACUUCGGCGCUCCUGGCGGUGGAAGGGGAAAAGGUCCGGGGCAUGUUGAAGCAAAUAUCGGACAGGACGGCGAUCAAGGUUGGAGGUACGCGGUCGAAGAAGGCGAGGCGGUUAUGAGCCGAGUUGCCAUGCCCGUUGCGUACCUGCUCUUCUGCAUUUGUCUGCUAUAGUUCCUAUAAUUAUCGUUCUCUCAUCCCAAUUCUAUCUGGCUCCAACGGCCCUUCGCAGCAUUCUUCGCCACUAACAUCGUACACGUUAUUCCAGGGAAUGCCCUAUUCAUCGCACAAGAAUACGAGCUUGACUUAUAUUCUAAAUCCGCAAUUCGAGUCCUU